UGAUUGCUGGAACAGAGUCCAAUUUCCUCUUCUCAUGUAAAGGCAUCAGGAGGUGUCUAACAUGGACAGAGAAUUAAGGUCAGGGAAGGAAAUUAACGAGGACAAGGUGCCUCAUCAUGGUGACACAGGAAGUGUCUCCACAGAGGAAAUGGAGAGUGGAGGAAUUCCUUCCCUAGCAAAGAGGCCCAGGCCUGAUGAUGUCACAGCUGACAGCACAGGAGAGAUUGAGGAGGACAUCGGCGGUGAGGUGGCUGAUGGGAAGGAGUCAGACCAGCCUCCUCGGGCUGAGGUGAACAUUACCCCGGAGACAUGUUACGGCUGUGCCUGUCCCAUCUGUGGCUUUGUGGCCAAAACGCCAACUUCCUUGAAGAUUCACUCCAAGAGGAAGCACACUGGUAGAGGAAAGACCAGGGCUGUGAGCUCAGCUGAGGUACUUGUUGAAAUAGAUGGCUCCACAACCGGAGCAACAGCACGGAGUUCAAAUUACAAGGCAGGUGGAGACACUGAGUGGAAAGUGAGCAGCAGUGAGAGACAGCAGGAUGCCACAGAGAGUCAGGGCACAGAGGCAGGAGGUUCUGAGGGGGAGGUGACUACAAUAAUAGCCAAAGAGGAAAUUGCUGAGAAACAAGGGACAGGGAGAGAUACUUUUGACAGGAAGGUGACUCCAAUAGCUACAGAGGAGAUUGCAGAGGAGGAGCAAGAAAAGACCCCCGGUAAGAAGAUGGUAGGUAAACGGGGCCCCAAGCCAAAGACUAUACAUGCUUGCAGCUACUGUGGUCACGAGUUUAAGGACAAGCCGAGCCUAGAUACACACAUCAAGAGAAGCCACACCAAGGAGAUGAAUUACUUCUGUGAAUUCUGCUUGUACGCCUGUGUGGCAAAGUGCGACUACGAAAAGCACUGUCUUAGUAACAAGCACAACAAACGAGUCACGGAAAGCAGGGAAUCCUCUGGCCUCUCGUCACCCAUGGACAAGAAGACAGCCGAACAGGCUCAAAUCUUUGCCUCCACGACGACUCAGACCCGGGCAUCCAAGCGUGCGCUCGGUGCCAGGUUCCAGCUGCAGUGCGGGAGUUGCGAAUUCAGGGUCAGCAACUCUGCUUUGCUGGAGAGCCACGCUCGGCUUAAGCGCCAUGGCGAGCAUCGCUUCCUCUGUAACGUCUGCCGCUACUACACCGCGACAUCCGAGUGGAUGGACACACAUGUGUCCUCGGAGAGCCACCGGCGUGUGGCUGAGGAGAAAAACGCAGGGUCCUCCUUUGAGGACUGCGUUGAGAAGGUGAGCAUAGAUGCGGUCGGUGACGACAUGCUGACAGAUGACGUGGCUGUAGGGGUCAUCGGACAUGAUGGAGAGCUGCACCCUGAUGUUAAUGAGGAAGCUGUUGAGGCUGCGAAAGCCAUGUUGGAGAACAUGGAAGAGCACAUGGACGAGAGAAUCCCUCCCAAGAGGAGGAGAGGCAGGCCAAAGGGGCCCGCUGCAACUACAUGUGAAUACUGUGGACUUCUCGCCUCCAAUAGUACCAAUCUAAACGUGCAUAUUCGUCGUAAGCACAGCCGGCAGUACAGCUACACCUGCAGGCUUUGUUCUUACAACUGUGUGACGAAAGGCGACAUGGACCGCCACUGUGUCACAAAGAAGCACCUUAAACGCAUGGAGGAUGCUAGCAGCGAUGGCCAAGUGGACCUGGAUACGUCAGUGCAGGUCGUGAGUACAGAGUCAGGCUCUCAGGCCAGCGAGGUUGAGGCUCUACAUCAGAAUAGUCCAGUCAGUGGAGGGUCCAAAGGAGAGGGAGGGGCCACGGACAAAGAAGGAGAGCUGUCGCAAGACGACGACAAAGCACAAGUUAGCAGCCCGAAAAAGAGCAAGUACGACUUGGUCAACUCCUGCAGCCAUUGCAAGUUCGUAGCUCAUUCGAUUCCCUCCCUCGACCUCCACGUGAAGAGGAGACACACCCGGGACUUUGAGUUUGUGUGCCUGGCGUGCAGCUACUAUGCGGUCACGCGUCGAGAGAUGUCUCGCCACGCCUCCACGGACAAGCAUAAGCAGAAGAGUGAGGUCUACCUAGAGAACCUGGAGAGCUUCGUGGCGAAAGACCUGGCGCAGCCGGAGGAGGAGGCCACGGAGCUGGGGAACAGAGCUGACCCUGAUGGUGACAACAAUGCUCGCACUGAGGAUCCUUCCCCUUCAGUGCCCCCUGACACAGACAUGGAGCAGCCCACUAACACAGACACAACUACAGACCAGCCUAACAUUAUAGACACAGACCAACCCACAGACACAGAUACAGACCAGCCCAACAACACGGACACAGACCAGCUCCCUAUCAUCGAUGCAGAGCAACCCACAGACACAGAUGCAGACCAGCCCACAGACACAGACCAGCCCAACAACACAGACACAGACCAGCCUCCUAUCAUCGAUGCAGAGCAACCCACAGACACAGAUGCAGACCAACCUACAGACACAGACCAGCCCAACGACACAGACAAGGACCAGCCCCCUUGCACUGAUACAGACCAACCCACUAACACAGAUACAGACCAAUCCAAAUACAUAGAUCAGCCCAACAUCACUGACAUAGACCAGCCCAACAUCACAGACCAGCCCCCUAUCACCGAUACAGAGCAACCCACAGACCCAGCUACAGACCAGCCCACAUACACCGAGCAUGUUACCACUAACCCCACACAGACUUCUGACGUUUUGAGCAACGAGCAUGCAACUCCAAUAGUGGAAGUUAGUGGCACUGUUGUUGAGGAAAACAUGGAGAUCCAGGUGGCUGGUGAGGCGUCCGGUGGUGGCUCGGAACAAGCCAGCAACGAUGCUCCAGGUACAAUUGAGCCUCAGGAAGCACCAGCAGAAAUCACCAUAUCACCGCCUGAGGAAGGCCAGAAGGAAGGGGCCGAGGCAGCGCCAGAGCCAGUCUGUUCCGACGACGACGUUGAGAUGGCAGAUGAGAAACCUGACAUCUCUUACCCAGAGAAACAGCUCGCCAGGGCGCUGCCGUUCGACGCUUGCAUCGUACCUCUCAAGUCCUUGACUGAAGCCGAGCUGGUUCUGCAUGAACAACGGAUGGCUCACUCUGUUGAGGGCCACUCUGGCCCGGCUGUAAGUGGCCUGGCCGGGGCGGGCAGUUUUCAGAAGAUCAAAAGAACCAAACCUGUAGGGGCUUCAGGUCUGUCCAAGGGGUUAACUCCCAACCCCCGCAUCCGCUGCGAGGACUGUGGCUUCAUGGCGGACGGCAUGAGCGGCCUCAAUGUGCACAUCUCCAUGAAGCACCCGUCCAAGGAGAAGCACUUCCACUGCAUGCUGUGCGGCAAGUCCUUCUACACGGAGAGCAACCUGCACCAGCAUCUGACCAGCGCCGCUCACUUGCGCAACGAGCAGGCCAGCAUCGAGGAGCUUCCGGAGGGCGGCGCCACCUUCAAGUGCGUGAAGUGCACGGACCCGUUCGAGACGGAGCAGGAGCUGUUCGUGCACAUCAAGGAGAAGCACGAGGAGCUGUUGCGCGAGGUCAACAAGUACGUCCUGGAGGACACGGAGCAGAUCAACCGCGAGCGCGAGGAGAACCAGGGCAGCGUGUGCAAGCACUGCGGCAAGGUGUGUAAGAGCAGCAACUCCAUGGCCUUCCUGGCGCACAUCCGCACACACACAGGAUCGAAGCCGUUCAAGUGCAAAAUCUGCAGCUUUGCCACCGCCCAGCUGGGUGACGCCAGGAACCACGUGAAGAGACAUCUGGGCAUGAGAGAGUACAAGUGCCACAUCUGUGGGUGA